CAGAACUAACCGAUACGAGGCAUUAUUAUUCCGUUUCAAAACUUCAAAAGUGAAACACCACACUACAACCAUCAGAACAGAAUUGUGAUUGUUAUUAUCAGCAACAGGCUGAACUUUCGCGACCUUCAACCAGUAGUAGAAGCAACAUCAGCAAACGCUUGGUUCGCCGUUAACGGCGAUCAGUUAGUGCAUGGAUCGCUUGACUGGAAACAACGCUGGAAUCGAUUCUCCUCAACUUCUCUUAGUUUCAAUUGUGAUCUGAACCGUGAAGCAACUGAUGCUUCUGAAACCGUAUAGUGUACGGUGGAUUCGAAGAAUUCGUGGCAGAGAGAAUGCAAAGAGUGUCGAUGAGGACCAGCACCCGCUACGGGUCUCUACUGUUACUCUGCCUCGCCCUGCUCGUAGGGAACAUUGUUCCGUCGGUAUACGCCCAGAGUGCUCCGUCAAAGACUGUGAGUGAGGAUGUGGUUGCGUCGAUCAACAAUCUGGCCAAGAUUCUUUGUGAGAAAUUGGCAACGCCUACCAGCAAGACGGAGCUGCUAUCUCCAAUCAGCAUCGGCAGCAUGAUGUUGCUGCUUUUGCGAGCCUCAAAGCGUGGUACGCGCGACGAGCUCCUCAACACGUUGCAGUUAUCCGCGUAUCGUAAGCGUGCCGGGGGCAGUGCGAUUGCUAAAAAUUUCGGCCGUUUGUUGAAAGAAUUUUCGCACGAUAUUGCCGGCCCAGGUAUAUUAGGUGAGCUGCCGGGAUGGCAGACGACCCGCAGCUGUAAUCCAAUGAUUGAUGAUGAUCCGGAUUACAACGAUGAUGAUGAAUUUCUGGACGAUCCUCCGAUCCAAUCGAACAUAGUGCAGCUGGCGAAUGGAAUAUUUUUACAGCAAGGUCUCGUGAACAACUCCAGCUUCGUCCGAAUGGCCAAAGAGCUAUAUCAAGCACAGAUGGCGCAUGUUAACUAUCGUGAUGAGCCAGAAGAGGCACGCAAUAUUAUCAACCGAUGGGUGAACGAAACUACACGCGGUCGGAUUGAAGAGAUCAUCGUUGAUAACUUCGACCGGUCAACGCAGAUGGUGGUAGCAAAUGCCCUUUAUUUCAAGGCUACCUGGGAGACAUUCUUUAAUGAGCCCCAGUAUACUCGGCCACAACCAUUCUUCCCGGAUGGUGAACAAAGUUCUUCUGUGAUGGUGCCAACCAUGUUUACGGCAGGUUGCUUCCCAUAUCAUAGCUCGCCCGAGCUGGAUGCUAGGAUUAUGGGAUUUCCGUAUCGCAACCGUACUACAUCACUGUACGUAAUUCUACCAAACUCGUCAGAUCGAGCGAAAGUGCGCCAGCUUCAGGCACGCCUCGAUUCGGCCAAUCUUGAGCGGUUGAUUGGACAAAUGCGACUACAAAAGGCUAUCGUUCAGUUUCCCCGCUUGCACGUGACCAACAGCUACGAUUUGAAGCUUGCACUACAACAGCUAGGCUUAAGAACGUUGUUUAAUCGCUCAAAAAGUAAUCUGCGAGCGUUGCUACCUGAUAAGAAGGUACCCGAACCCGAUGCUAAUUUAUACGUCACUGAUAUGCUACACAAGAUCGAUCUAGAAGUGAACGAGCAAGGUACCGAGGGUGGUGCAGUCACGAUAACGGCCAUGGAGCGAUCCUUGCCGCCUGUAAAUUUCCGUGUGAAAGCUCCGUUUCUCAUCGCUAUCCGCCACGAUCCCACCAAAUUGCUGCUCUUUUACGGUGCGAUCUUCGAUCCGUCAUAAUGAAGAACUCUGUUCUUAUCAGUUUUGAGAGCCGUUCGCUGUAAUGCAAAAUAAUCAAACGUGCACACUUUGCCCAACGUGCCCAAGUUGAUUUCAAUUGCAGCACACAUCGGAUGUACAUUUGUCUAAGGGAGGACUACGCGUGACGGCGUGACAGUAUAACUAAAAGGUAGUCAAAGUUAAUAAUUACUAGUUAUAAAUAAACCUCAAUAUGGGACUGGAUGGAACCACGUUUUCAUUUGUUUAAAGAAUGAUGAAUAUGCGUCGUAAACCGUACCCUAACCAUGCAUCACUUGGCUCAAGCGAUAAUGCAAAUGCUUUCCAACAUUCUCUGUGUCACGGGGGGCAAACUGGUUUUGCAGCUUGUUGACGUUUGCAUCGAGUAUUGAAGAGGCUUCCUGAUGCCUAGCGUAAUGUACACUGUUCCUUUUAACGAGUAACGUCUCGCGGUAUUUCUAUUGAAAGUCAUUCAACGAAAUCAAUCCAGGAAGCGGGAAGCUACAUUAACAAUCGACCUCAAAUGUUGCUGUUCAUGAUGCCAGCUAAUCUAUGAAAAAUUCCUUUCGAUAUCGACAGAUCAACAUGUUGGCUAGGAAACAGGUCUAGAUACAGGCCUCACUAGCUACAAUUCACCAAAUAUCAAUGUAACUUGCUAUGCAGUGUUAAUAAUGAGUCACAGUGCACGAGAAUUCAAUAGUCGGUCCUUCAAUUCAAUACCGCGAGCUUGCCACACAGAUCCGUCAAAUCUAUGAAGAUUCUUCACAUUUGAUCCUGUUUGACCACGA